GGGGGGGACACGUGGCGCUUUGUGCUUGGCUCUUUUUAUGCCGUUCAUCAGAUGGUUAGUUGUUCAGAUUUGAGUGCUUCCUGGACGCAGGUCGGUCUCUGUUCAGCAUGGAGGAAAUGCGCGGCCCCUUCCUGAUGACGUCGAGCCUGGCGCAGCUUUGGGCGGCAGAUGUGGAUCCACAAGAAGGCCGGCGAAGGAAGGGGCACAAGCGCAAAGGGGCGUCUGGGUCGACCAGCAUGGCUGCAAGGGCGGAAGCGGAGGAGGAGAGGAGGUUGGACUUCCUGCUUGGCAAGCGGGCCUUCCGGCGGUAUGCAAACGAGAAGCUGCUGCAGGACUUGGCAGGGCCCCUGGAUGCGGACCAGAUGGCCAUGCUGUAUGCGCCCCCGCCCUUUGGGGAGGUGCAGGCCACCGUCCUGGCCAGGAUCACGGAGGCCACCGCGGACAAUGAGGCGGCCAGAGCAUGGGAGCCAUUCCGCCAAGUGGACAUGGACAUGCAGGACUCCUUCCUCCGGGGUGCUGCCCCCCCCUCUGCAGCCAAGCUGGUCACUUCGUUGGCUGUGGCUCAGCGGCGGUGGAAGGCGGUGGAGCGGCGGCUGCGGGAGGCCCUGCGUCGAGGGGCGGACUGGCCACUCCUGCACGAGAUGGAUGCGGCAGUGGGCGCGUACGCAGACGCGGGCCUGGAAGAGGGAGCAGGCGCCUGCGACGACCUGGAAAUGCAGCUGGACGAUGCGUUCCACCGGCUCAUGCUGCAUGGGGUGUGCCAGUAUUACGAGUUGGUGGCUACGACCUCCGUUUGCGGCGGUGAGCAUGUGACCAGGGUUCGGUACAGGCGGCCAGGCAGGAGGAGUGACGAACCUUGCCACAUGCGACUGACGGAGCUGCUGGGCCAGAUGCACGCCAAUAUGCCUGCUCCAAUUUCUUGAGACCGGGAUGGUCGCUUCGCCCUUUGUACAGUCACCAAACAUUUGUUGUUGAGAGUGGGUAAUCUGCUUGCCUUGGGUCCUUGUCUUGAAGGCUUUAACUCUGUCUCAUCAAAGCUCUUGUUGAGGGGAAGAAAGUUUUCAAGGUUCUUUCACGGCUCACAUUGAAGCAGGCACCGCCAUGGGACACGAUUCUUGAGCGGGUUAGCUUUCUGUUUUCUCUGUUUCCCUCUCUUCGGUAUCCUCCUUGCGGGCGAAAUUUGCUCAUGUAUCUCAGCGCUUGCUUCCAGGCCACAUUGCUUCAAGUUUGAUUGAUGUCAGACGACUUUGGCUUCUGGUCACCUUGUACGACUCUACAUGAAUGUAGGCACGGAUUACCGCAUUUGCCACCAUGGAUAUACAUUGAGCAAUUGCAG